AGAGAAUCCACAUCGAAAAACAAAACAAACUUAUACUUCCUUAGAUUUUUAAAUUGAACCUGAAGCAGCUUUCACCAAGACGAUUUUUGUUGUCUUAUUCCUACACCAAACCGUGAGUGUGAUAAGGAAUGGCCGAUAACAUUGCAUACGUUGAUGUCAGCGGUGAAAAUAAGACCGGCAAACCAAAGGCCAGCACUUUAGAACAACAUGACAAGUCACAUGACAAGAAGGGGGAAAUCCCGGAAACACAAGUCACUCCCGACAUCAGACUCGGGAAGAAAAUCGGUCCGCUAAUUGGCAUUGGGAUCGUAAUCGGAACCAUGAUGGGUAGCGGAAUAUUCAUCACGCCAUCAUUUGUCUUGGCCAGCAGUGGUUCCAUUGGGACCUCUCUCCUCGUCUGGACAGCAGCUGGUCUCAUCUCAAUCAUCGGAGCUCUCUGUUACGUCGAACUCGGCACAAUGAUCGUUGAAUCCGGCGGAGACUACGCCUACAUUCAUACAUCGUUCGGUCCACUUCCAGCCUUCAUGUAUAUUUGGGUGACAACGAUGGUCGGAGCACCGACGAUGCUCGCCAUAAUGGCCUCUGCAUUCUCAAACUAUUUGUUGUACCCCUUCUUCUUGGGGAACUUCGGCUGUAAGCCGCCUGCAGAAUCCUUGUAUCUACUAUCGGCAGUUGUCCUGAUUCUGGUUGCGUUUUUAAACAUCUACAGUGUGAAGUGGGUUACUAUGGCCCAAGGAGUCUGUACAACCAUUGUGGUUCUAGCACUACUGGUCAUCAUAAUUACUGGAGCUGUCAAAAUAGGACAGGGUAAUACCUCUAGCUUUAUGACUGGAUUUCAAGACCUGCAAGGUCUCCAAACAUCACCAGGAUCAGUUGCUAUUGCCUUCUAUGGGGCGUGGUUUGCAUUUGGUGGAUGGAGCAUACUGAAUUUUCUAAUUGAAGAACUUCAAGACCCAACAAGAGACCUGCCCCUCAUCAUCAUCGUUUCGUUGCCGACGGUGACUGUUAUUAAUCUUCUUGUCAACAUUGCCUACUUGGCUGUUCUGGAGCCUCAAGAGAUCUUAGCAUCAAAUGCUGUAGCUUUUACCUUUAGCCAGAAAGCAUUGGGAAAUGCAUCUUGGAUAAUGCCAGUAGCUGUAUCGAUUUCAAUGAUCGGCGCCAUCAACGGCGGAUUCCUGAAAGGAUCAAGGACAUGUAUGGUGGGGGCUCGUAAGGGACAGUUUCCAAGCAUUUUAGGCUUAAUUCAAGUACAGAGGAAAACACCCACGCCUGCACUUCUUUUUGUCUUAGCAUUUGCGCUGAUCUUCAUGGCUUCCAACGACAUAAGAAAGCUCAUCAAUUGUUUCUCGUUCGUUACUUGGGGAUUUGUUCUUACCUCUAUAAUUGGACUUUUGUAUUUACGAUGGAAGAGGCCUGAAUUACCAAGGCCAUUCAAGGUGAAUAUUGUUCUUCCAAUAUUCUUCAGUGUAACUUGUGUCUGCCUUUUGAUAUUUGGGGUAAUUGGCGCACCCUUUGAUGCCCUCAUAGGGCUAGGGAUGACCCUCACGGCACUACCUGUUUACGCAGUCUGCAUCUACUGGACAAGCAAACCAGUAUGGCUUGGCCAGUUUCACUAUAACAUCACAGUAUUUUUUCAGAAACUUCUUUUUGUCGGUCGUGAGGAAACAUCUUAAGAUGCGGGUGAGUCUUCAUUAAAGAGAAUAAGAGAAUUUGAGCAAUUAUAAUGCGCCAUCUAUCUAGUGCACAAGACCCUAAUCGGAGGCGCAGCACAUCAAAUACAUAACAAGCAACAUUAUAAUUUUUAGAGAAAAAAUACACAUGUAAUACAAAGAUAUUGAUCAUAAAGGGAACAACUCCAUGCACAUUAUGGGACAUGUAUAAUAUCACUAGUUAUACAUGUUAUACAGAGUUACGCAAUUUAGUUUUCAACUAAUAAACCACAAGGGAAACUGACUGAGUUAAAUUUAAAUGAUUUUGAGUUGAACAAAGACAAAACGACUUGAGCGGGAUUUGAACCAAUGACAUCCAGAUUAACAUGUUGGCGCUCUAACAAAAUGAACUAUCUAUGCAAUCUCCCUAUUAAAUCCCUAGUAAACCCCAAAUAAAUUUAGUUUUGAGCAAACAGGCGCAGCUGCUUUAAAGCCAUUGGACCCUUUCGGUACAGAAAAAAAAGAAAGUUCGCAGAUUUACAAAUAAUUUAC